AUGGUGAUGCUACAAGACUGUUACAUGGAUGCAUUAGGAGGCGUGAUAGCGUACGCUCCUCUCGCCUUGACUGCAAUGAAUAUCAUUGCCUCCGGCAAAGUUGACCUUGCCAGAAUUCGAAUCCCUCCAUCUGGUUUCUCAAUCUCAAGCGACGGCCAGCGAUCCAUGGAGGCUGAAGAUGGUGGGAAUGUACUAUCGAUGGUUUUUCAGAUCCUUGUCUCUGAUGAAAUCGACAGGACGAAAGAGGUGAAUGAGAAGUCAGUGGCCAUAGUGAGUGCUUUGGUGAGCUCCACUAUUCGAAGGAUCAAGCUCUUGCUCAAUUUUCCUGAUCAUGCUUUAGUGAGGGAAUAUCCGCUGGAUGAUUCUCUCCCCUUUUGUUGUUGUUUCUGUUAA